AUGAACAUCGCGCUCCUCGACUCGUGUACGCCGUCAUCAUCCCCUCCCCCCUCGCCAUCGCUCGUCGCUCGCCGUCUGCGCCUCGUCCUCGUCCUCGUACCCCCUCCCCCUACCCCUCCCCUCUCGACCGUUAUACCCCCUCUUUAUUUCUCCCCCACGUCGCCUCGUCGCCAAAUCAUCGCCUCCCGCGCGGUCCGCUCGGCUCUCGUCGAGUCGGAGCGUGUUGGUGCCGAGAAGCGCGCUGCCCUCAACGUCAAGUACCAGACCUGGUCGAACGGUGUCGCCUCCGAGUCGCAGUACAUUGUCAAGCCCAAGGACGGCUCGGCCUAA